GAAGGGGCCGCCUCCAUCACAUCACUUCCCCCGGACACCCGGCUCCUUCUAGGCUCAGAUCCGGGCUUCUAUCCGCUAACAUGCCGCUGUCUGAAGGCCGGGGGUCGGCGCUGCUUGUGUCCGGCAUCGUCCUUCUGUGUGUCGGGGCAGUGCUGGUGUCUGCUGAGCACGGACUGGGCCGGGGGUUUGGAGAUCACAUUCACUGGAGAACUUUAGAAGAUGGGAAGCAAGAGGCGGUCAGCAGUGGUCUGCCGAUAAUGCUUCUGAUCCACAAGACGUGGUGUGGAGCCUGCAAAGUUCUGAAGCCAAAGUUUGCAGAGUCCAAGGAGAUAUCUGAACUCAGUCACAACUUUGUAAUGGUUAAUGUAGAGGAUGAGGAGGAACCAAAGGAUGACGCUUAUAGCCCUGAUGGUGGAUACAUCCCAAGAAUUCUCUUCCUGGAUCCAAGUGGGCAUGUUCAUCCACAGAUUAUAAACUCAAAAGGAAACCCAAGUUACAAGUACUUCUACAGCACUGCAGAGCAAGUGGUUGAAGCAAUGAAGGAAGCUCAGGAAAAGCUCACAGGGAAAUUUACCAAGAAACAUGUUGAAGAUGAGUUAUAACCUCUGCGUUUCAUGCAUAGAACUUUUCCCCUGAUUACCCUAAACUUUGUACGUCCCAGGGGAUGUAACCUCUAUUCACAUUAUUGGACCUGCGGUGCUGGUAUACCAUUCUGUCAUGUCACUGAGAAUGUAUUGGUUCACCUGUUGUAGACAGCCCUGUCACUGUUUCACCAGUGUUGAUACCCUGAUCUCUGUAUUUCCACUACACUGUCAAAUGUACUUUUUACAAGUACAGUAAAUUAUUUUUGGUACAGAUCAUUUUAGGUGGGUGCGCUUUUCUAAAGUAGUUCAAAUAACGAUGGUAUGCGCCAAAAAGCACCAAUUAGA